AAGAUGCUCAUGAGCGCGGGUGCAAGCGAGUUUAACAUUGGAUAGAUGACAUCCAGCCCUUGAAUAUUAACGUUUCAUAAGUCGUACAGCAUGAAGUUUGAUCUGUCGUUGCGGCGCCUACUGCUUCUUCCAGUUGCCAGCGUCCUCCACGCCCUUGGACACGUCGCCCAGUCCACCCUCGAGACCGGUGCCCACGUUGCCGACGGCAUCGCCGACGGGCUUGCCAUAGCUGCCCGUCGCAGCGGUGACUGUGUCGCCAACACCGCGCGAAGCUGCGCCCGUCACGUUGCCAGCUGUGCGGCCUACGGCGCCGACGGUGUUGCCGAGAGUUGAGGUGAUGCCAUUGAGAGCUCCGCCGAGCUGCUCACCUGCGCCUUUGUUGUUGUUGUUGUUGUUGUU